GCAAAAUCCCAUUAGCUAAACAUAAUCCCAAUCGUUCAGAACCAUGUUCGCAAGCGGGCAGGAAUGGCAACAAAACAGCAGCCAUGCCCGCCCGUAUGGAAAGAUUUCUUCCCUCUUCAUCGUCAACAUGUAUGAUUCCCGAAACCUUUAAGUCGGCGGCUCCGUGAAGUCUGUCAAAAAUUAUCAUCGAAAACAAACUAGAAACAAAAAAACAUUUUUCACGACAUCUCAACUCAUUCAUAUUUAUUUGUUUAUUUAUUGAUUUCUUUAUUCAUUACGCUACUCGUGUGAGAAGAAAAAAAAAAAGGAUUAAAAAGAUUAUAAAAAAAGAAGGGAAAUAAAAGCAUCAUAAAAAAAGGAAAAGGAAAAAAGAGAGCAACGUCGUUUGUUUGUUUGUCUGCUUGUCUGUCUGUCUGUCUGUCUGUCUGUCUGUCUUGAUAGGAUUUAUUGCACUUUAUUCUUCACUUGGAGAGGAAUUCCUUCAUCUGGCCACUUAAUUUCUACGUACUAUUGACACCGUCGAUUAUCGCCUCGAUCGAGCUUCUUAUUCAUCCACGGGUUCACCAUUCUACGGCUCUGUAUCUCCUUCGACGUUCGUACAUAGCAUAUCAAAUCACACGGUUUCGCUUUCGCUUUCGACGACUCACCUCACUCACCUCACCUCACAAAUCAUCCUACCCGCCCAAAGCAAGCCAAAGUCAAAUCCAAAUCCAAAUCCAAAUCCAAAUCCAGAGCCAAGUCAGCCUGCCUCCUUUGCGACACAACACCCCAAGUGAGUGGUUGACUGACUGACUGACCGAUCUUUCUCUUCGCCUGCCCGCAUCAGAUCAGUCGGAAUCUCUGUCUCCAGCAAUCUCGUCUCAUCUCGUCUCACUCCAAUCCUAAUCCAUCUCCAUUUUCCCCACGACUCACGAUCUCAUCAUUUUGUUAUACCGCUUCCAUCAUUUCUACCUAAAAUCAAUUUACUUUGUCCUUCGCCACCUAAUUGUUACUCUUAUUCUCUUAUUAUUACUCUUGCUCCUCUCUUCCACCAUUCGCUUGAUCGAAAGAACAGCCGGAUCACGAGACUUCUUUGCUCUCUGUCUGAUUUGUUGAUCCCCUUAUAUUAUUUAUCUUAUUUUACUCUCCUCUCCCGUCACCCGUCACCACACCACCCAACCAUUCACGCCAGCCUCGAAAAAGAAACAGUCCUCGCACGCUUAACUGAAGGCGAAACUCGAACUUGGCUGAUUACACAUAAGAUUGAUUCACGCACGCACGCACUCACGCACUCACGCACUCACCACCGGCGAUUUAUCUACUCCAGUUCUUGGUCUAUUACUCACCACAGCCAGUCCGUCUACGGUACCGGCUUUAACUUUAUUUGUGGAUCGUCAAGUCUUGCCACUAAAAUCAGUCAUACCCCAUCAACCAUUAACACCUAAAAAGACCCUCUAUCCUCUCUCUCUUCUCUCCUCCACUGCAAAAUAAUCCAUCAUCGUGACUGCUGCGUCUGCCACGGGAGUAUUUCACAAGGGAAAAGAAAAGAAGGAAAGGAAAGACUCAUACUUCGAGCCUAAACUUUUUUAGUCUCUGUCGCCUUCGCAAUCUUCGCCUCUUCAUCCUCCUCACACCCGCAUUACUCACUCCACUCAAUCCUUUGUUCAAUGACAACCAUCGGUUUAUAACCCUCGACUUUCCUUUACUGCCAAUCGCGAAAACUAUCGCACACCUUCAACCUACCCUACCCUACACUACACUACAUACAGUACCACCACAUCUCGAAUGCUUCAUUGCACACUUCCAUAAAAGGCAUACGUUUCACAAACCUACGCUUGUCAUACACCCUUACCCUCUCGUCCAAAGUCGCGACCUCUGAUGGGACGCUGGUUUACCCAAUAAACUAGCCCACCAUUUAUCACAACAGUUACCAUUUCACAAAACGGAAAGGUCAACAUGCUCUUAGGUCUUUCAAUUUUUUCCCCAGUCGCCAGUCUUACAUCGUCCAAAUCUACCGGUUAUAUCGUUCCUGAAGAAAUCGUUGCGAUCUCUUCUUCAAACUAGUCUUGCCCUCCUCCUACCUCGAUCAUCUAGCUUUGGCAAUAACUCCCGCGUUGUUGCACAAGCCCGUAUCUAGUCAGAAGGUUUCUUGGGAAUAGUCUAUAACGUUAUAAUCUAGAUUUUGGCUUUGUACAGACGGCGACUGGAGUUUUAUUUCGCAUAGAACUUUUUCAUUUCCGAUUCACUUACAAAAUACACCAAAUACACACAAAACACUUCGAAGAUGCAUUGCGGCGAAGAUGAUUCGUCGCCUUACACCUCAUUUCAUAAUGGUCCUUACAGUUCUUCCAUAGCCUCGUCGGCUUCUUCCUCCACCUCCUCAGUUUGGUCGGAUGCUGCGUCACAAGCAUCCGACAAUUCUUCCAUCGCAAGCGCAUCCUCCGAUUCCGAACCUUCGUACUUCUGCGCAAAUCAACUACCCCCCCCUGCUACUGCAAUCAACAUCUGCGAAAAAAAUAAGAUUACAAAAUUUUGGCCACAACAAAGGUUACCGGUGGAAAUCGCCCCAGAAGAAAGGCAGAACCCAAGAAGGACUAGUGUCGGAUCUAGUACUCGCACAGGACGUCCUCCUACCCUGGUACGUCAAGCUGAUCGCAAGGUCAAUUUUGUUGACAGCCUCGUCGAUUCUUCGGCUUUGAUUGUCGAAGCAAUAUGGCCCCUUUCAACCGUCGCUUGCAGAAGCGAGAUGGGUAAAGGUGUCCUUCCUCUGCGUGUCUUCAUACAAGAAACUUUGAGAAGAUCAAGGACCAGCUACUCGACUCUUCAAGUCGCUUUGUACUACCUGAUCUUGAUCAAACCAUUUGUACCAAAGACCGAUUUUACCAUGGAGCAAACGGAUGAUACUCAAUCAUUCCGAGCUCUACAAUGUGGCCGACGAAUGUUCUUAUCUGCGCUUAUUCUCGCAUCGAAAUACUUGCAAGAUAGAAACUACUCGUCUCGCGCUUGGAGUAAGAUUUCUGGACUGCCCACUUUGGAAAUUAACCAAAACGAAAUAGCAUUCCUCCUUGCUGUGAAGUGGGAGUUGCACAUUACCGAGAAAGUUUUUCAACGUUGGACUGACAUUGUUUUGAACUACACACCAUCGUCGCAGCCUCCAUCCCCAGGAGCCUCUUCUUUGAGCAUCGCAGAACAAUCUGCCGAGUGGAAGCGAAUUGUUCUCAAGCUCAACCCGGAAUUGGAUAACAUGAACGAAAUCACGAGUCCAUCUCGCAAGGAGGCUUGUGGUCUUCCGCUAAGACCUUUCACACCAUUGUCUGCAUAUCAUUUCCCUGGUUCCAAUGAGCCCACCUCGUCUCCCAAGCAUUACUCGCCUAAUACCAUGGAGCCAUCACCAUCAACCACUUAUCCAACUGUUCGACCUGUACCAGCUCUUGGUCUUCUCCCAACUCCACGAUUGACUCCCCAGAGCACUGGAUACAACACUCCUGCUGUGAGUGCUGCAUCUUACAUGCUCGGCAAAUCAUCAAUGAGUCUCGCUAUGGCACAGACAAACUUCUGUGGCCCGCAAGCGACUGAGAAGUGGGCAAGCCAAUUGACCUCAUCCCCACAAGCUUAUUCUUGCAAUCGUCGAUCAUCGUUGGCCAAUUCGGUCUCGUCCAUGUCUUCGCCCGAAUCAAUGGUUUCGGACACUUCAUCAAGAACAUCGCGUUCAUCUUCAAUCUCAUCUGCAUCGUCAUUGACGAGUGCGCCGGUCUCAGCAAAGCUGGAUGUCCAGGCGCGUUGUCGAUACGCGAAGCUGUGUAGUGAGAAGAAGAAUAGAAAUGUUGUUGUGACAGUGGCUGAAAUGUGUGAGAGCUAUGACGAAGUUGGGGCUGAUGCAUUAGACGAAGCCGCACGAACUUUAUACGAAUUGCACCGUCAAUCCGUAUCUGUGGACUCAUCUAACAGAGUUGAUGACAAACCCGCGCAUACAUCUAACAGGGCUGGUGCCAAACGAAGCAGGACUCAUUCACUUGAAGCUUCUCUUCAUGAUAACGUACGAGAAUUGUUGAUGACUGGGGGCAUGGCACACGUUUUGGCCAAGCCAGGUGGACAUGCUAGUGAUGUGCAAACAGUGCCAGCGGCAUCGUCUGGAAGAAAGAGACUCUGUUGUGCGACAGAAGCUGCUCGAGGACUUUCUCAAACAAUAAUGCACCCAGCCUUUCGCCCAGGAAUGUGGGAUGGAAUAUUAAAUUAAUACACCUUACCGACUUAUACAUACACUACAACACACUUGUCACAACAGAUUUUCUUUUUCGUUUGUCUUUUUUUAGUUGGUUGGCAAAAGAGACAGUGCAAUUGUCACAUCUAGCCUUCACAUAUCAUCGCAUACCAUGGGAAUCGGAUUUUAGAUGGCGUGACUGCAUUUGCCGUUGAUCAUUUUAUUGGAACACUGGAAUUGAGGUCAAUGGUACCCGGCUAAUUUUCAUGGAGAUGGGGAUAAGGGGAAGGAACAUUUGGGGGCACAUAUCGACAGGUUGGGGGAUGCUUGUACGAUGGUUGGCGAAUGCUGGCUUGGCUUUGUUUUUAAAUGGGAGUGGGUAGGUAAAGGGUGGAAUACAUGCUAUGUUGCGCGCGAUGAAAAUAUUAUAUCAUUGGUAAACAUGGUUGAAGUGGGAUGGCGUGGAGUUGGAAUUAACCGGUGGAGUUUUUUUUUUACGUUACUUUCUUUUUAGUCAGGGCAGAUAUGAUAGGGAUGGAUUUAAGCAGUUAGUGCAGUAGUGAUGGUGGUGGUGGUGGUGAGAAUGAUUUGGUGGUGGUUGUGGUGAUGAAAAUUUGUCAGGUCAUAGACAAAGUUUUCAUGAACAUGGGAAUAUGUAUGUCUAACUGUCGUUGGAUCAUAAAAACGUAUUUUUCAAAUUCUACCUAUCUACCA